UCCCCGGCCGUCGCUCCCCUCCCCGGCCCUCCCCGGCCGUCGGGCCCCCGCGAUAACCUGAUGUGGAUCAAACGACUGGAGCUGUUGGUCUCGCUGCUCUUCACCGCUUCCUACUUCACCAACAAGUAUGUCCUUUCAAUAUUGAAGUUUACCUAUCCAACACUUUUUCAAGGAUGGCAAACAAUUGUGGGAACUUUAUUGCUUCAGGUGGCCUGGAAACUAGGAUGGGUGGAGAUGAGAAGCUCUUUUCUAUGGUCUGCCAAGAUUUCCUGGUUGCCUGGUGUAUUGAUAUUUGUUGGUAGUAUCUAUGCUGGUUCCCGGGCAUUGUCUAAACUGCCUAUUCCAUUCUUCUUCAUGCUUCAGAAUGCAUCAGAGGUUAUUGCUAACAUCGUCCUGAAAAUUGCCAAAAAAGAGCUGUCUUGCACUAAAAUCAGCAGCAUGCUGGUGAUUUUCACAGCUUCUACUAUUCUGCUGUUGAAUAUCUUUAAGUAUGAAUCAGGCAGCUUUUCCUGGGCAGUGAUACACAUUGCAUGUGCUGGUGGAUAUAAAGUAUUUCAGAAGUUAAAAUCUUGUUCACUAAGUGAACUUGAGCAGCAGUACCUAAGCUACCUUUACAGUAUGGUGUUAUUGAUCUGUGCUGCCUAUCCUUCAGGUGAUGCAUUUGAUGUCUUGACAUUUCCAUUCCUCAACUCUUACCAAUUUCAUAGUGGUUGUUGUGCAAGUGGAAUUCUGGGAGUGUCUCUACAAUUGGUCUCUGUAAAGUUGAAGAACUGUGUGUCCUCAGUACGGUAUGGUGCAUGGAUACUGGUAACAAAGGUUUUGGCUGCAUGUUUGUCAUUGGCUGUCUUUGAAACUGUUCUGAAUAUACCUACAGGUUGCUGUCUUGUGUUGGGUAUACUCGGAGAAGCCCUACUCAUUUAUACCUCAAUAAGUGAACCAGAAGUAAAGGGAUGAAGAUGGUCCCAGGAUAUUUGCCUCUUUUUUCUCACUGAUCACCUGUUAUUAAAGGAAAAGGAAAUGAUGUACAGGUAACAAGCUUCUGUGGAAAAGUGAUUUUCUCCUUCCCAUCUUUGUACAAGUGGACAAAAUUAAAUGACGGAAAAUCACCACAGUGAUUAAGAUUUUACCUCAAGACCUUGGACAACAUAACUUUCUACUUUGUCAUAUGGUAACCUAAAGGGGAAGACUGCAGCAUUGUUUGAUGGCAAUUUUGUGUACUUCUCUGCCUGUGAACCACAAUUAGCCUUACCUUCUCAGGCUGGGAAUUGGAUUACUGCAGUCGGUUCACAGCAGAAGCAGGAAAUGUACAGCUCACCUCUAGAGCCCCAGUCUUGCAACAAGGCCUCUGAGAGGAAUAUUGUGAACAAUGGAGCAAAUCCCAUAAAGAUCAUUUCAAAAGAUUGUGGAUUUUUCCCAGAUUAUAAACAUGAACAUGAUUUUUAAUGGACUGUCUCGCUGCUCUGAGGUCAUCCUGCUAAAUGAGAUGCAACAGCAACAAGAAAUCGUUGGCUUUCAUGAAUUGUAUGGAUUUUAAUUUCGGAUGCAUCAUGACAUAUAAAAUAUUAACCAGUAUUUCUCAAAUAACAGUCUGCAAGCCAAAUUUAGUUUUUCAUUUAUUUCUCAUAAAUACUAACUAUUUUUCAGUGAACACAUGACAUCUAAUUUAAUUUUCUUAACAGUGGAACAGCCAAUAACAAUGUAGUCUUUACAGCAGAAAACAAGAAGCAAAGCACAUUGAGGUGUCAUCAUUUACAAAUGCAUGCAUUUGGUACUAAUGGUUAAAGUAAGUGUACUUCCACCCUUAUUUUCAAACUAUUUUAUUGUGUAACAUUUUAUCAGGUUGUUCACUGCCUCUUUUAAAAACAAAAGUACAGCUACUGAUCCCUGGUCACAUUGUUUUAAAAUUUACAAAAGGAACACAGAAUUCCUUGCCUGUGACGCUAACAGUUCAAGCAGUACUGCAACACCAUCCCACUGAUAUUUUAAUGCUAUUACUGAGAGCUGCCCAACUGGUUACAAAAUGCAGAUAGGUCAACACUUAAGUAUGUUUGCAAGACAACUUGAACUCCCAACUGAGAAGACACAGUAGAGGUAAAUGGAAAUCUUUUUGUAUUGGCCUAAGUGCUGUCCAGAAUAUUUGGGCAGCUGCUCUCAGCAGACACUUUAACCCCUGCUCUGACCUCACUGAUGUACAGCUCCCUAGGGCUUUCCAAUUGUCAUUGAUCCCUUAGGGACCAGCUGUACUGAGUGUCCUAUGCAGAUCAGCCUGUGCACUGUGGCCUCCAUGUGGGUAGGUUAUUUUUCCUGCUAACAUUCUUCCCAGAAAUUACUGCAGCCCUAAUCAUUUAUGAAUGGAGUAUAAUUGUAGAAACUUCUUGAGAGUUAAUCUGAUGUAACAUCUUCACUUUUCUAACAGUUCUGACUAGAA